AUGAGUACUCAGCCAAAAGAGUCGCAUUCAAAGUGGAUAUGCGAGUACUGUACUUAUGAAAACUGGCCGUCAUCGCUGAAAUGUACGAUGUGCAGAGGCUCAAAGCCACUGUUGGGCGAAGACAUCUACAGGCUUCGAGAUCCGAAUCCCCAGCGAGCAGGAUCAAACGACGCAUCCGGUCCAGUACCUUUAAGUUCCUCGACAGACUCCUGUAAUUUUAGCCUACAAAAUCAUAGUCAAAACGUACCUUCCGGUGGUAAAUGGUCCUGUGAAUUAUGCACUUAUUUCAAUUAUAACAACGCAACCCGUUGUAUCCAGUGUAACAGUAAAAAAUCGGUUAAUAUUAACCAGCAAGUAUAUUCAGCUUCUAAUUUGCAUGAACAUUUAGCACCGCUGAGACUAAGCGACCCGCCAGCCCACCAGCUGCCUGCGCCAAACUCCGGCCAGAAUUUAUCUGUUAACACAAAUAAUACUGCUACUGAUAAAUGGUCCUGUCUUGUUUGUACUUACGAAAAUUGGCCCAAGGCCGUUAAAUGUGUUAUGUGUGGUUACCUGAAAGAGCGUGAUAAAAAAGAUAAAUCUAGUUCUAACUCCUGUCUUAUUCUACCGAGCCCCGAGAAAGAUCACAAUCAAAGAGGCUUGCCUUCGCCUCCUCAGCCGUUCAUUCAUCAAGCUCAACGUGAUGAGAAUUCAGCCAUUGCCAGACGAAGUUCACACCGAUUCGAUCCUAGAAAUGAUUCUUUGCCAAUAAACCAGAGUUCCAACGAUUGUGAUUAUGAAAGCAGACUUAGGCGUCAUACUGAUUGGUGCUGGUUGAACGCCUGUCUUGGAAUCGUCGAAGGCGACAAUCCACCAGUAGAAGCGUAUUUAGCGAGUGGUGGCAACCCAACACGUCAAUUGACCCCUUCCGAAGUUAAAUUACUCAACAGAAAUAGUGCCUUUGAUGUUGGACACACUCUUGUUCAUUUGGCCAUAAGAUUUCAACGUGAAGAUAUUCUAGCGACACUUUUAUCACAAAUAGAAGGCUCUGGGUCAGGAAUAAAAAGAGUUCCGAGUUAUGUAGCUCCAGAUUUGGCUACUCAGAUACGUAGGCAUGUUGCUAACAGCAUCCGUUCACGUAAAGGUUCAUUUUCUUGUUAUUUUGUCACAGAUAUGGCAACAUUUGCGUUACCUGCAGAGGUGGAAGAUCUUCCAAGUUCUGUUCAAGAACAAAUGCUAGAAGAGUUAUUAGACCGAGAAGCUCAGCAACAAUUAGAAGGGAGUGAUGGAGAGCCGCCGGCGCUUAAUUGGUCAUUAGAAAUAACAGAGCGAUUAGGCAGUCGUUUACACGCCUUGUGGAAUCGUUCUGCCGGCGACUGCUUAUUAGACUCGGUAAUGCAAGCUACUUGGGGAGUUUUUGAUCCAGCACAGCCAGGCAGUGCAUUGGAACAAUUGCACGUUUUUACUCUUGCCCAUAUUUUAAGAAGGCCUAUUAUUGUUUACGGAGUUAAAUAUGUUAAAAGUUUCCGUGGAGAAGAUAUAGGAUACGCAAGAUUUGAAGGAGUAUAUCUACCUUUGUUGUGGGAGCCUUCUUUUUGCAUUCGCUCGCCAAUCGCACUAGGUUACACACGUGGCCACUUUACAGCUCUCGUCUCAAUAGAACCAUACGCAUCUUCAAGAUUAUCAACGUUACCUUCUCACGGAAGCGUGGGAGUCGGUGGAGGAAACAGUCCUAUGCAGCAGUUGCAGAUUCAAAUGCAGACGACUUUCAUGCCUUUGAUGGACAGGGAAAGAAAAUUAUUGCCAAUUCAUUUUUUAACUCCCGAAGAAAUUGGCAGGGAAGAAACGAUACUGAAGCAGUGGUUGGAUGUCUGUACCACUGAGGGUGGAAUUCUUGUUGCCCAACAGAAGUUACACAAAAGGCCACUUCUUGUUGCCCAAAUGUUGGAGGAGUGGCUUAACCACUAUCGAAGAUUAGUUCAAAUGAAUAAUGCACCAUUCGUGAGACCCGUAGUCCAACAAGAAUACAGCAGCGACGGUGACACAGAAGACGAAUAA